AUGCUGAGAAUCUGGAACGAUCCAAAUCUUAACAUAUGCCCAGACUACGUAUCAGAAGUAUUCGCCAAUAUUCAAGCGCAACUAGUCAAUGACAACACAACCAAAGCUCAGGUCAUGCAAUUGCUCCACAACAUCUGGGAAGCCAACAAUAAUGCUAUCAAGGUGUUAUGGCAACAGCAAGUCGACAAUGACAGAGAACAGCAAGAGCAUCUUCGGAGGGUAAAUGAAGACGAGCAAGAGAGACUUAAUCAAGAGAAGGUUGAGGAGCAGGAAACAGCAUGCAAAGAGGAAAAGAAGAAAAACAAGCACAAGUUUCUUCCAAUCCUAGAAACCGGCAUACCGGACGAUCUGACCAUCACACCAUGCUCCUACGUGUUGAGGAAGUUAGACAACGGCGAGUAUGUGGAGCUCUGGUACUUCACUAAUGAUGGCCUAGAUGAAGCCAAGCAGAAGAAAACUGUCAACAAUGACACUAUGAUUCUCUCGACAUUGGCGGAUGGUUCGACAGCUUGGGUCUCGUCAGCAUCCAUGAGGAGUGCUCGUGCAGUGGUGAAUGACGAAAAUCUACCCUUUGAGGAGUUCUGCCAAGCUUGUCCGCGCUUCCUAACAGCGAUAGAGGAAGCGGAAUGGCCACAAGACAGAGUAAGGAUGAUGGCACGAUUCUGGAUGAACAUCCAGGUUCACCAGUUUCACUCAUUGAGGGAUCCCAUAGCCCAGAAAUCGCUGCUGGUUUAUCAAUCAGAACAACGUAAACACUGGCACAUAGUGGUCAAAUCCUCAGUUGGUCCUUACGACCUAUCUCUUGUCAAUGAGAAGGUCCUAAAGGACAUGUGA